UCUUGCCGGAGCCCGGCUUCGACUCUGGAGGCGAGCCCAGCCCGCCCUGCGCUACCCGGGAGCCGGAGCCGGAGCCUCUGCCCUGCGCGGGCCCCCUGCCGCCCUGCAGGAGGGGAGCUGUGGAUUUGUAAGGGGGACCCCCCCCCCCGCCGCCUGGUUUAGUCUUUCUUUACGGACGUUACGGAUCCUUGAGGCCGUCUCAAGGAAAUCCUCUGGAGAUGGUUUUAAGAUGUAGAGCUCUGCACAUUGGACUAUAAAUACCCAAUUGACUGAAGCAGUGUGACGAAAAAAUCACUGUCUUAUGUUACUUUUUUAGGUCUUUAUAUUGCCAAGAGCAUGCUACUGUGAGCUUACAGUGCGUAUCAUCAUCAAUCAUAUGUCUUCAUCAAAGACAAGAAACUCGAAAAACAGAAAAUACAGUGGUCUGUUCCUUUCCGCAAGACCCCAGAUGGUUUGGCAUGGGCUUUAAAUUGUGUGACUUUGAAGUUGAAGUCAGGCAUCUGCAGUGCUGACUGUGAGCUUUUGUGCAUGCUUCUACAAGGAUUUUGAAUGUUGAUGAGGAAGAAGGAGUUAAGUGAGAGAGCAACAGAUUUGGAGGGCUUGGCUCUGAGCUUCCAUCUUGUCUCAAUGGCAUAUGAAUCUUGCAAGGCUGAUAAGAAGAUGUAUAUUCUACAACUCUGAAGAAGAGGAAGAGCUCUAUCAGAAGGAUGAGUGAUGCACAGUUUCAAUCUGGUUCAUUUGGAACAAUUUGAAUGCAGUGCCAUGAGAAAUGCAGUUGUCCAUGACAGGUUGGGAUUAUCAUGAUCAAGUACUCUAUUUUGACUUCAUCCAGUGGCCAAGAGCUUCGUAUAGUAGACAGCAAGGUUUGGACCUUUAAUAAUAGUGUACCAGGCCCGUAACCAAGAAGUAGACGACAUCAGUGGAGUCAUGCUUCACACGGCCAUAUCAUGCUGGCAGCCAUUCCUAGGUCUGGCUAUGCUGCUAGUUGUUAUGGGUUCCACCAUAGGCUGUCCGGCUCGCUGUGAAUGCUCAGCACAGAACAAGUCUGUCAGCUGUCACAGGAGGCGCCUCAUGUCCAUCCCUGAGGGCAUUCCCAUAGAAACCAAAAUUCUGGACCUCAGCAAGAACCGGCUGAAGAGCGUCAGCCCUGAGGAAUUCACAUCAUACCCGCUGCUUGAAGAGAUAGACCUCAGUGACAACAUUGUUGCCAAUGUAGAGCCUGGAGCCUUUAACAAUCUUUUCAACUUGCGAUCCCUAAGACUAAAAGGAAACCGGUUGAAGCUGGUCCCUCUAGGGGUGUUUACAGGGUUGUCAAACUUAACUAAGCUUGAUAUAAGUGAAAACAAGAUUGUCAUUCUGCUGGAUUACAUGUUCCAGGAUCUGCAUAACCUAAAAACCCUUGAGGUUGGGGACAAUGAUUUGGUUUAUAUAUCUCACAGGGCUUUUAGUGGGCUGCUUAGCUUGGAACAGCUCACUCUGGAGAGAUGUAACCUGACAGCUGUACCAACAGAAGCUCUUUCCCACCUUCAUAACCUCAUCAGUUUGCGUCUGAGACAUCUCAACAUUAAUGCAUUGCCUGCAUAUGCCUUUAAAAGAUUGUUCCGCCUAAAAGACUUAGAGAUAGACUAUUGGCCCUUACUGGACAUGAUGCCAGCCAAUAGCCUGUAUGGUCUCAACCUCACUUCUCUUUCCCUUACCAACACCAAUCUCUCCGCAGUACCUUAUUCUGCUUUCAAGCACCUGGUUUACCUGACACAUCUAAACCUCUCUUACAACCCCAUAAGCACCAUUGAGGCAGGCAUGUUUUCAGACUUGGUGCGCCUGCAGGAACUCCACAUGGUGGGGGCCCAAUUACGUACCAUUGAACCACAUGCAUUCCAAGGGCUCCGGUUCUUGCGCGUGCUCAAUGUGUCUCAAAACCUGUUAGAAACGCUAGAAGAGAAUGUAUUCCAGUCCCCCAAGGCCCUUGAGAUCCUCUGCAUUAAUAACAACCCCCUGGCUUGUGAUUGCCGCCUUCUUUGGAUAUUACAAAGGCAGCCCACAUUACAGUUUGGUAGCCAGCAGCCCAUGUGCGCUGGCCCAGACAGCGUCAAAGAGAGGUCAUUCAAAGACUUCCACAGCACUGCCCUUUCAUUUUACUUCACCUGCAAGAAGCCCAAGAUAUGGGACAAGAAGCUGCAGUACCUGGUAGUAGAGGAAGGGCAGACAGUGCAGCUGAUGUGCAAUGCGGACGGUGACCCUCAGCCUACCAUCUCUUGGGUGACACCCCGACGGAAGCUGAUCACAACUAAAUCAAAUGGGAGAUCUACAGUACUAGGAGACGGUACACUGGAGAUCCGUUUUGCUCAAGAUCAAGACACUGGGACCUACUUUUGUAUUGCGAGUAAUGCAGCUGGGAAUGACACCUACUCAGCCUCCCUUACGGUAAAAGGAUUUACUUCAGACCGUUUCCUUUAUGCCAACAGGACCCCUAUGUAUAUGACAGACUCCAAUGACACCAGUUCCAAUGGAACCAAUGUGAACACCUUCUCUCUGGACCUUAAGACAAUACUGGUGUCCACAGCUAUGGGCUGCUUCACAUUCCUCGGAGUGGUUUUAUUUUGUUUCCUACUUCUGUUUGUGUGGAGCCGAGGGAAAGGCAAGCACAAAACCAGCAUUGACCUUGAGUAUGUCCCCCGCAAAAACAAUGGUGCUGUAGUUGAAGGGGAGGUUGCUGGACCACGGAGGUUCAAUAUGAAAAUGAUUUGAUGGUAUACUGCUAGCAGUGCUUUUUUCUGUGGCAUUAUAACCAAUUAAACCAGCCUGGCAUGUGGCAUUGCUAGGCAAGGCAGCUUAAUGCAGCUGUCACUGUGUCAAAUGGUUACAUGGAAAUGGGAAGACUACAUGUGGUUGUACAGCAAAGCCUCCUAGCCUUGAGGCAGAUGUGUCAGGGCCUUUCACAGAGUUGGUAAAUUGUACUAAUUGUUUGCAUUGCAAAUAUUGACAUUCUGGGGAUCUCAGUAAUGAACUGUUGGAUCAUGUUCAUGGACAAUUGUUCAACAUUUUCUACCACUACAAAAAGAAAAAAGGAAAAACAACCUACAGUGUAGGAUUUCCAUAUUUAAAAAAAAGACACCUUUGUCUAAAACAUACUCUGCAGUGAAAUUUGUAUCUAUAGAUCUCAUUUGUUAAGCCUUGCAUCAUACCUUCUAGUUGGUUCAACACCACAAAGAAAUUGAUAUAUCUUUUUUUUAGUAUACAUAUAUACUGUGUACAUUUUAAAGCAAUACGAAUGAGAGGUUGUGCUUUUAGAUAUCCACCAGUACUGACCCAAGUGUGAUGUCACCCCCCUCCCCUUUAACUACAGUCAAAUCCCAAAUUAGACCUGUAGUUACCAAUGAGAGAAAGAGAGAGUAUAACACUUUUGUCCUCAUGUAGAAGAUCGGAGAGGAAGAGCUUGGGGCGAAAAUGCUCUGCUCCAUUGACCUUCUCUUCAUAUAAAUAAAAGGCAUGUGCCUAGUUUUGAUACAGAAUGGAAUAUUUUUUAUAUCUGUGAUAUCACACUGGACCAGUCUACUGUAACAAAGCCCUGGAGUCAUACCCAGGAGAGUCCAACCUACAACACAUUGCUGGCUUAUAGGAGACAAAUUAUACUUUUAUGAAAGGGAUUUGUUUAUGUAGCCCCUUGGUUUUAAUUUCUAAGCCAUUGUUAAAAUGUUAAUGUGUACUGAGGAAAAAGAAAGGAGGUAAGGCAUUCUGUGUACUCCUAGGAAAAUAUGGUCACCUUAGUAUUUAAAGAAAUGAAUUAAAACAUACAAAAGCUGUGCUGAUAGAAAUGAACUCUUCUCCAGUGCUAAUAAACCAGGGUUAUCCAUGCAUAAUAUGAGGAUUAUACUACUAAAGAAAUGUUUAAAACAUGAUAGCCUACAAAAGGCCAAAGUACUGCCAAUUAUAAUGACCUUCUAGCCACUGUCAGGCUCAUCUUUCUUAAAUUACACAUAAAGACAAAAACCAACGUACACUAACAGUUUACUUUAGCUAUUCUUGCUGCCAUUUUAAUAACUAUGUUAUCUUGGUCGGGGGGGUUGUUUUGUUUUUGUGGGUGGGUGGGGUAGACAAGAUCCCAGAGCUGGACAAGGGCAAUAUAUAUUUGGUUGAGGUAAGAAGGGAGGGGGAACAUUGGUUAUAUUAACAACUGUGUUAUAUUAACAACUUCUAGAGAAGUCAAAGAUAACAAAGGGCUAAGAACUAGAACUGAAAGGGUGAACCAUUGUAAGGUUGAUAUAAAAAAAAAUAUUGUAGAGUAAUAGUAUUUUGCUACUGUUGGGGGAAGAGUUAAAGGAGUUUAAGCAUCUCUUCAGCCCCUCAUCAAUGAGUCAGAGAUUUAUUUAUUUAUUUAAAUGUUUGGUUGACAAGAAAUAUAAUUUAUAUAUUAUUUGGGAUAAUUUUGAAGAAAAAUAAUAAUAAGUACAAAUGUGUUUGACUUGAAGGAAUAUAUAAAUGAUCCAGGGCAAAACAAUUAAAAAGUAUCUCUGUAAUUUAGGAGUUUUUGUCGCAUUUUGCAAGGGUACUAUGGUGUCUAAGACUGACUUGUAAUGAAACUUUAAGUGUUUGUGAAAAUGUUACCCACAUUCUUCAAAUUAGAUUUUUAAAGCAGGAUUAUGGGAUUCAGACAAAGCUUUCAUUGCUAUCAAUACAACCUGUGUCAAAAGCCUUAGGUCACAGUAUUACAAUUGCUCCGGCACGCCCUGAUUCAGUGGCAAGAUCGGGGACCUAGACUGCUUUGAAAAUCUCAGCCUAUUAUAUUGAGUGGCUGAUCCAGCUUAUACCAUUGCUAUGUUUCAAGCAGCUGGAAUGAAGGAGGAAGUCAAGGGCUUGUGGGCUUCUUUCUCAUAUGUUAGUCCUGCAUUAGCUAACUAGAGGUUUACAUGCCAGGAACUAAUCUUUUUUUUUUCAAUUGUGUAGAAUUUUAUUUGGGGAUCAUUUCACUUUAAUAAACGUGUGACAACAGAGAGAUUAUCUUUGUUGAUAAAACAGGAAAGUGACUGAAACCCUGUUGCACCUUUAGAUAGAUAAUAAAAUAAACAUAUGAGAGGAAAAAGGAAAUGAUGGCUGAAUUGCUAGUUGGAGGCAUUUCCAUUCUGUUUUCCCUUGUAAUUAUCAUUUAUCCAUUGGUAAUCCAUUUCCCUUGUAGUGAUGAUGACCUGAAUUAACGUGAACAAUAAAAAUCAAAGUUUUAUGCAAAAAAUUCUGCUGACUUCUGGUUUAGGCAGUUGGUGCAGAUCCAAGUGGGGGAUUUUAUUAUGUUUAUUUAAAUUACACAAUAAAAAAUAGUGAUGGGGAAUUUGAGGGUAGUUGUGUUUGCAGAAAUGAAUUAAGAAUGUAUUAUGUUUUCAAGUUUUGCUAAUAAUUGCUGAAUCCCCCUUUCCCAAAAAAGCUUUCCAAGAAGUGAUUAAAUUGUUACUGUGCUGUAAGGAUCUCUGAUCAGUCUUGCCAUAGGUAUCUUAAAUGAAAUAUGAUAAGAAUUAUGAAAUUCAUGACUGCGCAGGCCAUGCUGAAAACCAGAUUACAGAGCUGCAAACAGUUAGCAGUAGAGGAUGCAAAGGCUACAUUCAGGUCUUCAUUUUCCAAGAACUGCUGUUUCCUCACAGUCUGAUUUUUAACUCUGCUACCUUUGGAUGAGGCAGUGCUGUACAACUUCAGCAGCAUUUUUUAUGUCAGUGUGACUUGGCAAGAUAUGAGGUACUAUUUAACUAAGGUGACUAUAGCACAACUGAGGCUAAGCUUUUAUCCUCCUCCUGUUUUAUCCUCCUCCUGUUCUUAUUUGUUGUUUUGUUUUGUUUUGUUUUGUUUUCUUUACUAUGGACUUAAUCCUGUGUUUCUUGGGUGUCCACCGCUGACUUUAUUGAGAGUUUGGGGUGAGUAUAGAAUUCAGGAUCAGGUCCCAGUUAAGCAUGCUUUUCCCUGCCCUUUAUGCACCUCCAAGUUGUGUCCAUUUGGUAUACUUGCCUAGCUGCCUGUGAAGGCAAGAAAUAGUUGCAGCUUUUUCUACUCUAUGCCAAUUUUCCAGCAGUAGAAUGGGACUGAUUUUAAUGGGUUUUCUGAUGUACGUUGGUUCCAGCUAGUGUAUGCACCGAAUUGACGUUCUCAUGAAAACACUUGUAAGUGGAAGAAAGUGAACAUGGACUGAAUGCUUUGCCUUAGCUUUGACUUGUCUUUUGGCUACCUCUGUAGGCCUUGGUGUCCUCAUUUUGGUCAGUGCAUCGGGACUUGGCUGGGUAGAAAUGUAGUACGUAAUUCUUUGGAAAGAAUGAAAGUGGAAGAAUUAAUAGCAGCAGAAUGCACGGUGAGGGAAAUGCACUGAACAAAAUCUGAUAUCCCACUUCUAAAUUCUACAGCUCCAUAUAAAACAAAUACAUCUCCUUUCUCAAACUUAGAUGAUAUUCUCCACUUCCAAUAUAAUCUACAUCCUUUAUGGAUAUUGUGACUCCUCAAAUCUUCAUUAAAAAGCAAUUUUAAAAUAAAAUAGGCAUGUAAUGACACACAAGUGGCUAAAGGACAACUACCACCCACGUGUACCCUUAUUUUUAAGGCUUUUGGCUAUGCCACAAUAGAUUUUUUUUUCUGCAGCUAGCAUCUGUUGCCAACAAACUCCUUCUCAGCCCUCCCUACCCACCAAAUCAGCUGAGCUCAGUGAUUUCUCCUCCUCUCCCCCUAUCCCAACUCUCAACAGUUCAACCUCCUUAGAUAGACUAGUUCUAUAUUCUGCUCCCACAUACUAUUGAACCAUGUGUUUGCAGGAAAAUCCAGGGUCUGUCCAACGGUCAUUUAGAUGCCAUGCUCCUAUAAACUAUAAUGAAAACUACACCCAACUCCCUUAGGUGGUAUAGACAAUCUCUCCUGGUGGCUUAAGUGAUUUCUGCUCCAUUUGUAUGUUCUCCUACCCUUUGGCAUCCAUUCGCAUGACUAGCCGCAAACAGUGAUCUGUGGAUUUGGAUGAGCAUUACUGUGCAUCUGGGUCUGUUUGAAACCCAGAACUUAAAUCACAGAAUGUUAGAAUAGGUUAACACCUCCCACGCCCCAAAAUAGCUUUGAAUGAACCCCUUUCUACAAAUGAAAUCAGCCAACUUUUGCACAGCUCUCCUUGCCACUGAGAUAAUCACAUGCCGACAGCAAUCUGUAGGUUGAAUGCUUCUGAUUUUUUCCCUUUUACUAGAAGCAGGUGCUUUGAUACAAUGCCAGCCUGAAAUAGAAAUCUUUAUUUAUAGCCUGAACAGAAUGAGAAAGCACAAGCACAGUCAAAAGAACAUUCCAUUUUAUUUUCCUUUACAUUUAAGGAGACUUUAUUCUUAAUAUACAAAAUAGCUGGUAAAAGAUAACAACAACCACAACAAAGGAUUUUCAUUGUUAAACUUGCCUAUCUGCAAUUACUUGGACUGGUCCCAGAAUACCACUACCACUGAGCAGAGGUCUCACAAUAAGAGAAUUGGAGCCAGUUUCUCAUCUCAUUUAGAUUGGGUUAGCAGAAAUCAGGAGUAACUCCAUAGAUUACAAUAGUGUUCUUUUUAUUUAUACUGUCAAAGCUGAUAUUGGAAUCUGGCUCUUUUUGUUUUUUGUCUCCUAUACUAAGAGGGCUAUAAUGACAAAUAUGCAGAAUUUAUGUUUUGAUUAUUUUUCACCUUGUAGCACACCUUCUGUUCUGUGUUCUGCUUUGCUUUAUUAUUCACCAUUGAUAGCUGAGCAGAAAAAUAUGAAUAUUCAGGCUUGCAAAAACAAACAAAAAAAAUAGCCCCACCAAACUAACAAUAUAGAUGUGCAUUAACAGCGAUUCAGCUCCCAUAUAUGGUCAUAUAUAAGCCAAAACUUUGAGCUAAACUUUCAAGACAAUGGUUAGGAUGAAUGUCAACUUAUACACGGGUUAACUUUUUUUUUCAAAAUUCAAAGUAUUUUUAUUUCUAUUAUGAUAGCGCCUAGAAGCUAGCAAGUUUGGUACAAAAUAUGCAGUCAAUGAUUAUCUUGGCUCCAAGAAGCUUAAAUCUGAACUUAAGAAUUUGGCUUAUAUGCAGCUAUAUAUGAUAACAAGUUUCUUGUUGUUUUAGCGGGAUUGCUGUUGCAUAUAAAUAAAUAUUUAUAAUAUUUUCACACCUCAUGAAAUCCACCUGCAAGCAUCUGUAUUUCAUAUGUAUAUGUUUUUGUGUAGAAAAAAGAGUUAAAUUUGUUUUUUACUUAAAGUAUUCAAUGUAAUUGUUUUUAAAAGGUGAUGAGAUAACCAGAAAAAGUGCUGUAAUUUCUUUUAAAUGUAUACAUUUAUAAUUAUGGAUGGGGAAAUGAAACAGCCCUGUUGUUAUGAUACGUGGAGCAGAUGGUAGUUUGGGUUUGUCUGUAAGUUUGUUUCAUGUUAAAACAAAAUCUUGCUAAUGCUAAUGACAAUGAGUUUUGUUUCUCAUGACAGUUGUCCUGAAUGUUGAUCUUUUUUGGUUCUUAGGGCUUAUGUCAUGAUGUGUAUCAUACAUAUCCAAAACCAAAUGUAAAUAAAUAAGUCCAUGGAUUGGUAAAACUUGCUGGGAAAAGUGAAGAAAGCUUACAUUCCCAUCAAAAUUGUUCACCUUCCUUAAAAGGGGCAAUGGAUUAAAUAAAUUAAAGGAAACCUGUGCUACUUGGGUUCUAAGUCAAAAUUCCACAUGACUAAAAAGGGUGAUUGUUGUCUGCCAGAGGUUAUCUGCAUACAUACAAACUGUAAGCAUCUGAAGGUAAAAUAUUUUGGCUGAUGGUUAUAAAACAUUCUAUAACUUCCUAUGUGACACAGCCAUUAGAAGUGGAGAAAAUCCCCUUUUUGUGGGAUAUAAAGGACUUUGGGAUUAUCUCAGUAUCAGAAAAUCAGUAUAAAAAAGGUCAUAAUUAUGAGGGCUCUGACUGUGGGGGUAGUGUUCCAAAGGGAAUUGUAGAGAUUCCUUCUCUUGUCUCAUUUAGAAUGGGACUAAUAGGACACUCAAGAACAGAAAUAGGGAUAGAGAUGAACAGCAUGGCCCCAAUAAAACUUUUUCCAUUUCUCAUUUGUUUCUAUAACUCUUUUAAUAGAAACCAAACCUUCCACUAUAAUUAAUUUGAGUAGUCUGGCAAGAAUUGUAUAAUAGUAGAGAAACAAUUAAAGUAUAUACUAUCCUCACACAAGAAAUAUAUCUAAAGGUUUUAUGGCUGAUAGCCAAAAAACAACUUAUUUGGAGAUACGUCUAUCUUAAAAUGCCAGCCCCUGAAAAAACAUGAGGACCAAUUCAAGUUCCUUGGGUCUGUGCAGGGAUGGGCUCUUCAUAAAUGAACCUCACCUCACCCUUGUUGUCACCAUCCCUACCACCGCCCUGCCUAGAGCCCACUGUAUGGUAAGCAGUGAUUGGAGGAAGGAGAUACAAUCCCAUAAUGCACUGCAACCCCCAUGAGAUUAGAGAAACCAUGAAAGUCACAGGCUGUGCAUCACCUUUUUCUACAUAGCUUUCUUAGUUGAGGAUUGAAUCUUCUUAAGGGUGGCUUCCAGGAAAAGGCCUUGCAACACAACUCAGUUAGAAGUGCUCAGCCAGGAGGUGAUACAGGGAGGUGAACUCUGGCAGAGUUGCUGACUAUGCCAAAUUAUAUUGCUCCUUAGUGAGGACAAGCCCUACUCCACAUUGCCUUUGCAUCUAAACCUUGUGGAGUGUCAUUCUACACUAAGUUAAUUUUAACAGUAUUUUGGAUCAAUAGAAUCUAACCCAAGAGAUUUCUUCUUACAUGCACAGACAGUUUCCAAAAUCCUGCCCUUAUUUGAGGUCGGACUGCCUUAUGGGUUUAAAUAAUGUAAAGCUGUACUCAGUCUUUAUGUCAUAAGACUACUCAGCCAGAGUGAAAUCCUGGCCCUACUGAAUGGGAAGGCUGCCAUUUUUUGUGGAGCCAAUAUUUUUGCCCCAAGUCUUUUUCUUGGUCAGUGGUACUGGAACAAGCCAUAAGUAACGUCUUGAGCUGCUACUUUUGUCCAAAGUCUCUUUUUUUUCCCUUUGGCAGAACGAGAAGGGAGCUAAAGGAAAAAGGAGCCUGGAAACAUGCCAGGAUAUGCAGUCAGAUACAUGGCAGCUCUUUACUUGGGACUUUUGUUUACAGUGUGCAUGUCUACACAUUCAUUAAUGCAUAGUAGUUAAUGCACGUUUAGUUUAGUACUUGUUUAAUGAAUUAUUAACUAAAUGUGCAGUAACUAUAGUUACCACACAGUAGCGCCAAUGCAUGUUUUUUUAGUGAUGCUUACUGAACAGUAGCAUAUUAGCACGGUUUUUGCCCGUCACGCUAUUGUGUGGUGUUAUUAGGCUACUGUGCAUUAAGCAUCUAGUGUAGACAUGCCUACUAUUACUGAAAAUGGGGUUUACUAGUUUUGUUGUGAUAAAUGCAUUGCCCACUGAAGUGGGUCCCUUGGCAUCAGCAUAGGUUUGCUGUGCUAUCAUCAGUACCUUCAGGAUGCCAAAAGCAGUCUGAACUCUCUGUGGAGUGUUGUUGAUAGCUUGGCACUUUGAAUCUGAAUCCAUACUUUUUCUAGCCAUCCUGAAACCGACAUUCUUCCCCUCCCCGGUCUUCUUUGAGGGCCUUUAGUGUUACAUGCUUCUUACCAUCACAAGAGGUUCUGCCUGCUUUCUGUCAGUGGAGCUUACUGUAAUGCUAGGGAUUUCCACCAGGGUUUAUGCUAUCUAAAUCUUGUAUUAAAUCUUUGAUGAAUUUAGAUCAUUUAAAUUUCCUUUCCUUCCCAUCUAAUAAUACUACUUCCAGUCUGCAAAACUCCUUUCAGUUUCAGCAGUACCAGAAUGAAGAAGCAUUCCACCUCCUCCCACUAAGUGAACCACACUGCAGUUGGGAAAAUUGGAUAAGUUAUGGUGUGGUCUUCUGCAUGCAGUUCUUAUAGUGAGCAGGUCAGAGAAAAAUCUGUCACUAAUACAGCUGGCACUGAUAGGCAGCCUCCUCAAAAAGUUCAGCAGAGAGUCCAGAGAUUGUAGAGGUCUGGAUAGUGAGUUACUCUGUCUGGUCAACGACACAGUGGGAAAGGCUCCACUCUCACUGCCUGAGUUAUAAUUUUUACACAAGAUUUUCAAAAGCACCCAUAGCAGACGAGCACAUCUUUAAAGGCAUCGGAAACAUGUAUGUUCCUGGGCACUUUCGAAAAUCUCCACCUCUCUAAAUUAAUAGAAGACUUCAUUCUCCACAGCUAUCAAUCCAGCAUCUGGUACCAUCAACACCUUUGAAUAAAUAACCUCUUGCAUCCAUAAGAAGAAAUAUUCCUAUUAGCAAAUAUUUGCUUAAGUGUGUUUAAAUUCUUGAAGAGGACAGGGAAGAAUGGAAAGAACCACAUGGCACAUUUGUUAAUAACCCCUUCUCACAUAAGGAAUCAAUACUCCUGGGUGGAACCCUUACACAAAGUCAUUGGUGCUGGUUUUGCUCUGCAUUGGAGUCAUGAGUGGAGGGGCUGCAGAAAAGGUGAUCUGCGUACUCCCUUCAGUCUCUGGGCUGGGGGAAAUGUAUCUUAGUUUAUUCCAAGCAGCACUGAGUAUUGAACAAGUGUCAGGCUAUAGAAGCGAAAAAAAAACAGUGGCCAGAGGGUUUUUUGCCCACUCUCCUAUCUGCACACUGGAGGGACUGGGUGUGAAUUGCUGCUACAUUAAGCUCUGUGGAGUUUCCCCACAAAAAAUGUCAUUAUUCAGUCUGCCUCCUUGGGAGAGGCCUGAUUCACCCUUCAUAAUUAAGGCAAAAAUGAUACAGUAAUGAGUGUUUGAAGUACAGAUUCUGAUGAUAGUAAGGCAAUGAAAACCAAGCUCCUGUAAAAGAUGGAAUGACACUGGUACUUAACACCUUUCCUGAGUACCUGGGGGUCUUAUUUGGGUUUUCAAGAGCUGGCUUAGUAAUUGAUACCUAAGGGAUUCAUUCAUCUAGUUAGAGUUGUAAUCACCAACUGAAAGAUUUUUUUUACCUCAUCACUGUAAAGUGGAAGUUAUAUUUUUGUGAGUUAUUUUCCAAUAACUUUGCCAUUCAUAUUAUUCAAAAGCACAAGUGAUAGAGCACACUCAUUUUAUUAUAAGGAGACAAUGGUAGUAAAUUUAAUCUAUUACCUUUGCUACAAGCUAUUAGCGGUGUGUACAAAGACUAAUAGGUUACAUCCAUUAUAGAAAGUGUUGCUAUCACUAAAACCAAACAACGCUUCCUCUUAAAAAGUUCCUAUACUUGGUUGGAGUCUGCACAAUGCAUCAAUUCUAAUGUCCUGUUGGGAAUUCAUUUCUAGAGCAAAGACAGGCAUGCAUUGCAGGGAGUUUACUGAGUCAACACCACCCUUUGAUUUAUAUAAGAGCUUGAAUUUUAAUAGGGCUUAAGGAGUCUGAUUGUCUUUAGUGGAUUUAGCAGGCUAAUACACUGUGCUAAAGGAAAUUGCCUCUCUGGGAUGGUCUUGUGGUCAGGGGGAUCUAAAGACUAGUGGCAUAAAAUUGGGAACCAGCUGUUCUUGGGUUGUAAUCAGAACACUGCCACUGGCUCUCAAGCUCUCUACCGCAGUUGCCUUACAUGUAAUAUGGAAUAACAAUAUUGGCCUUUGAUAUCAGAUAAGCUCCAGUUCCCUUGGCUGUGAAAUCUAAGGAAUUACAAUUCUCUUCACCCUACACUAAAUACCUGGAAUUCAACAACAGCACCAUAACAUGGACAUCUGCAGGGAGAGAUUCUGAGAAAUCCAACUAUAGAUAUACAAAAUAUUUCCAAAAUGCAGGUGCUCUACCAAUGGUUUGCUUCAUACUUAGCAUUUCUUCCAUACUUAGAAUUAAGAUAAUUAUUUUUACAAAGGAAUUGCAAUCUAUGAAUUGACAUUUGGGGGGCAAAGGUGCACAUUAACCAGAUUCUACUUUUCCACCAGAUUCUACUUUUCCACCUGAUUCUGUGAUUUGUCAUUUAUGAAGACAUGUUAAUGCCUGAUUUAAUUGUUUUGGCAGGAUUUGAUAAGCCUGAACUCUAGAAAGUUUUACUAACUUCUCUAUGUAUGUAUUUGAUUAUAAAUGAGAGAUACUGAAAUAAAUAGAAGCCAGUCAGAUAUCCAAUUAUAAACUAAAUGCUCAGAAAAGUUCUUAGCAAAUUCUUUCUGACAGAUCUCAUUCUCUCACCUACAAGAAUGUUCCAAAUAAACUACAAAGUAGGCAUUCUAUAAUUUAGAAAAAAAAUUAAAAAUGAAACUAUCACAAAUUCAUAUGAAACUAUAAUAGCUAGUUACAGGUAAUCUGAUUCCAAGUGAAAACACUGGAUCAAAGAAUUUGACCAGGCAGCUCUGUUCCAUGUACCAUCACAGCAAACAGUGGCAAGCCUAGUUUUCAGUUUUUUUAAAUAAAGGGUGUUCUAAUGCAAUGUGCAUUUGAAAGUGUCCUACCCCCAGCUUCUGUCUUUUGGAGCUUAAUUGGUUCCUAUGCAAAAUUAUUUGCUUUGAACUGUACAGCAGUGAAGUAACUGUGGUAUCUAGUGACUAGCUAGGAUGAAGAAGCAGAUUCCAAUAUCAUUACUCACAUUGGGUAGCAUCUUUCUUCUCAAAUGGAUCCACUGCAGUCAUUGAGGAUACUUGGGAAGUAUGGUGCUACCUGAUGAGUAAAAGCAUCAGAAUCUAGCCCUUAGCAUCGUCUUUAGCUUCUUAAAUAGACCAGAUCAACCAGUUUACAUCCAUUUUUGGCAUUCAAGAGCAUCUGCAACUCAAGUCAGUGAGUGAGAGCUAACAGCUCAAGUCACAAGAACUGAAGUAAAUGGAUACUGAAGAUGGAUAACACAUUAUGGAACUGUGGGAAAAGGUACCAGCCCAGAAUUAAUUUGUCCAUUGGCAUAUUGGCUGAUUUCUCCUUUAACAGCAUCUAAAAAAGUCUGAAUUUAUUUUACCCAAAAGAAAAAAACAGUGCAAACAAAGGAAGAUACAGGAAAAAAAACAAAAAAGCACUUCAGUCUCUCAGGUGGGCUUUAUUAUGUUAUAAAUGAAAAGUCAGAACUAAGGAUGAGUGAUGUAUUUCUUGAGUGGGAGAAUUUCUUGCAGCCUGAUAUUACUGGCUCUCCCCUGUGACCUAGUUUUAAUAGGAAACGUUCCCUCUCUCCUUCCACAGGAAGGAAAGCCUUGUUUUGCUAUGAUAUUUUUUUUAAUUCAUUCUGUUCUGGUCAAAAGAACAACCCUACCCUGUCUUUUCAACAGCUCUUGUAAUUGUUUUUCAUAGAAAUCAAUUUUAAUUGUAACAUUAUUCUGCUAGAGCCCUAUUGUCUGUGUCCUUCAAAACUUGUCAGUUUCUUAAAUGAAAAAAAAAAGCUGAAAAGCACAUUGUUGUAAUGAAUUUGUAUGUUUGAAUUGUCUUAUCAGCAAACAAGGUUAUGAAUUUCAUCCAUUGAAACACAAAAAUAAAAUACUUUCCUAAAAAAUAAAUAAAUAAAGGUAAAAAAAACCC